AGUUGAUUCAGUGCAUUGCUAGUAACCAAGAGCACAAUGAUGUUGAUUUUUGUAACAGUUUUAAUUCUCAAUGUGUGGGCUAUAUCUGCAGAUGAUGUAUUUUCGUCAAACAUAAACAUCCUUGAAGAACUGGGGAAAAUAAAGACCAUGGAAACAAAAAUGAAAUCUAUGGAGAUUGAAAUGGAGCGACUCAGAACAGAAAACAAAGAAACAGUGAAAGUAGCAUUUUCAGCCACGCUGUCAGCUUUAGAGAAUGGCUACAAAGUCAUUGGCCCUUAUUCAGAUGCAGUCACUCUUGUGUAUGAAAAUGUAUUAACUAACAUUGGAAAUGCCUACGACACAUAUACAGGAAUCUUCACUGCACCAGUAAAAGGAGUGUAUUACUUCAACUUUGUGCUCUUCAAUCCCAACGCCAUGCCGACCGGAGCGAACUUGGUAAAGAAUGGCAAACAUGUGGUCGCAGCAACAGAUAACGCUCCCUCGAUAGACACCGAGGACACUGCAUCCAAUGCUGUCUCCCUUCUGCUGGAAGCAGGGGACCGGAUAAAUAUUCAGCUCUGGGCGAACCGUCGUGUCUACACAGAUGGGAACAGAAGAAACACCUUCAGUGGACACCUUCUUUUUACUAUGUGAAGUUUCAGUUACAAUUGAAUCUGUGAAUAAACAAAACCAUAUUAUACAAAAUGAAUAAAAAUCAUAAAUUUAAAAUAAAAUUAUCAAAGCUUGGCAAGACCAAAAUAAAUGUAUUUUGUCUAAGUAUGACACAAUCAAGAGUGUAAAACAGUUUUAAAAUAGCCCACAAAAAUCCUUCAAAUGUAGUACCAUUUCCAAGCAACUGCUUUGAAUAAUUGUUUUUUGUGUUCAUUAUCAUUUCAUUAGUUAUUAAACCUGUGUCAAUGUCAAACAAUAUACAAAUUUUUGUUGUGCA